GUUUGUGUCCGCUGCGUCGUAUCAAACCCAAAAAGAAACAAAACUGUUUGAUUCGUACUCUCUUCCUUUUGUCGGGUCGUGAGAUUUUUACCGAAAAUGAGUUCAACGAGGAGCAGAAGAAAAAGGGACCCAGAAAUCGUCAUCGCUAGAGAUACAGAUUCCGAGUUAAGUUCGUCAGAAGAAGAAGAAGAAGAGGAAGAUAAUUACCCUUUCUCGGAGUCGGAGGAGGAAGAUGAAGCGGUUAAAAAUGGAGGGAAAAUUGAAUUGGAGAAGAAUAAAGCCAAAGGGAAAGCACCCAUUACCGUUAAGCUUAUUAAGAAAGUUUGCAAAGUAACGCUAUUCUAAAAACCCUAACUUUUCUAAUGAGUUUUCUUACUUGGCUUAUGAUUUCAAGUUCUGAGUAGGCUUAUGUGGAAUAAGUAAUGACUUUUGAUUUUGAUUUCGAACAUAUUAGAAGUAUUCACUGUAUUGGUUCCCAUUAUAAUGGUGCCUGAAAUUCACUUUAUUGUUUAUUAGUAUUCUUCACUUGGAUGCAGAGACAGAGGAUUUUGGUGUUUGGCUUUGAUUGUUUCGUAUCUGUUGUUGUUUCAUGGUGGUUUUAUAGGUUUGUAAACAGCCUGGCCAUGAAGCUGGAUUUAAAGGAGCAACGUAUAUCGAUUGUCCUAUGAAGCCUUGCUUCUUGUGUAAAAUGCCUGGCCACACCACAAUGUCCUGUCCUCAUAGAGUGGUUACUGACCACGGAAUACUCCCAACUUCUCAUAGGAAUACAAAGAACCCUAUUGACUUUGUGUUCAAGCGCCAACUCCAACCGAGAAUUCCUCCUAUUAAACCAAAAUAUGUGAUCCCGGAUCAAGUUCAUUGUGCAGUUAUUAGAUACCACAGCAGACGUGUUACAUGUUUGGAGUUCCAUCCAACAAAGAACAACAUUCUUCUCUCUGGAGAUAAGAAAGGGCAAAUUGGAGUCUGGGAUUUUGGAAAAGUGUAUGAGAAGAAUGUGUAUGGAAACAUACAUUCUGUUCAAGUUAAUAAUAUGCGGUUUAGUCCCACAAAUGAUGACAUGGUUUAUUCUGCAUCCUCUGAUGGAACAAUUGGUUAUACUGACCUGGAAACUGGAACUUCAUCAACUUUGCUGAAUCUCAACCCUGAUGGAUGGCAGGGCGCAAACAGUUGGAAAAUGCUGUACGGUAUGGAUAUAAACUCGGAGAAAGGUGUAGUGCUUGCUGCUGAUAAUUUUGGGUUUCUUCACAUGAUCGAUCAUCGUACCAAUAACAGUACGGGUGAGCCUAUUCUGAUACACAAGCAAGGAAGCAAAGUUUGUGGCCUCGACUGCAACCCUGUCCAGCCUGAGCUUCUUCUCAGUUGUGGGAACGAUCAUUUUGCGCGAAUCUGGGAUAUGCGUAAACUACAACCUAAAGCUUCUCUUCAUGAUCUUGCACACAAACGAGUAGUCAACUCUGCUUACUUCUCUCCAUCAUCAGGCACGAAAAUCCUCACGACGUGUCAGGACAACCGUAUUCGAAUAUGGGACUCUAUCUUCGGGAACUUAGAUUUGCCAAGCCGAGAGAUUGUUCAUAGUAAUGAUUUCAAUCGGCAUUUGACACCAUUCAAAGCUGAAUGGGACCCUAAGGAUACCUCGGAGUCACUCAUCGUGAUUGGUCGUUACAUCAGUGAAAACUACAACGGAACUGCUCUUCACCCAAUAGAUUUCAUUGAUGCAAGCAAUGGACAAUUGGUUGCAGAGGUUAUGGAUCCAAACAUCACAACUAUUACUCCAGUCAACAAGUUGCAUCCUCGCGAUGAUGUUUUAGCUUCAGGAAGUUCAAGGUCGCUGUUCAUUUGGAGGCCACAGGAUAAUACAGAGAUGGUUGAGGAGAAGAAGGAUAAGAAGAUUAUCAUAUGUUAUGGUGACAGCAAGAAGAAAGGAAAGAAGCAAAAGCGUGGCAGCGAUGAUGAAGACGAUGAAGAUGACAUAUUUAGCUCUAAAGGCAAAAACAUAAAAGUCAAUAAGUAUCAAGCAAAAACAACCAAGAAGACAAAAACUUAAUAUGAGUGAAGAAGGUCGUUAUGUAUAACUAACUUACUCUGUUUUUGUAGGUUUUCUUGUACAGAGUCUGUUUUAGUAGCAUCCCCUGUUUUGCCUUUGGCGGCAAUUUUGCUUCUUUUUUCUUUUGGGGGCGCAUGAUCGGCUUUUGUAUGGCAUUUUCUUGAAAUCCUUUUUGGUGAUUCUUAAGUAUGAAUUGUAGUAAGUAUGUGGAAUGGAUCAAUCUUGAAUCUUCUCUUCAGUUUUUACUCUCCCCUGUUUUCUCUUA